AUGGCGACCUCCUUACGAGUUGGGUCGGCAUGCUUAAGAGACUUACUACGGUUAGAUGGAAGAAUAAUUAAACAGCAGAUAAGACAACGUUGGAAGUGGAGACACAGGGGGAGAAGACCAGAAGAAGCUAAAACAUAUGUGGAACGUGUCGCCGAACUGACCAAAAAUUCACCAAAGAUGAUAAACAUUGGUUUCAAACUACCAAAGAACAAAGGUUUAGAACUUACAGAAAAUAAAUAUGAAGUUUCUGUAAAGGAGUCUGAUGAAUCUGACAGGAUGCGUGUAGAUUCUGAAGAAGAGCAGCUGAAUUUGAGAUCUAUAUUGAAUGACCUGUGGUAUAGCUAUAGUUGGAGUCAGGACCAACGGGCCGUGGCAGAGCACUAUGGACUGUAUCGUGACCUCUUCCAUAGCGCCUACUUUUACCCACAGUUCCCUCUAAAUAUCUUCUAUGAAUAUGACAGUGAAACAGACACAGCUGUUUACAACGGAAAUAUGAUUUCUCCAUCAGAGGUUGAUAAAAAGCCAGAUGUCGAGUACAACUACAGCCCAAACAAAAUGUAUACGUUAGUGCUUACUGCUCCCGACAGUCACCUCCAGGAAAAUAAAGCAGAGUAUUUACAUUGGCUUGUUGGUAACAUUCCAGAGGAUAAUCUUGAUAAAGGGGAAGAACUCUGCUGUUACUUGCCACCUUUCCCUGUCCGUGGCACAGGUUACCACCGAUAUGUGUUUGUCCUAUAUGAGCAAGAGAAAAAAAUAGAUUUUUCUCAGGUUAAAAGACCAGAGAAUUGUGUGUCACUAGAGCAUCGCACUUUCCGAAUGGCAGAUUUCUAUAAACAACACCAAGAUGAUAUCACACCUGUAGCGCUGGCAUUUUUCCAGAGUGAAUGGGACGAAUCAGUGACAAGAACAUUCUGGGACAAAUUAGAAAUGGAGGAGCCAUCAUUUGAAUUCAUGCACCCCCCACCCUAUCAUCCCAAACAAGUGAAGUUCCCCCAGGGGCAGCCCUUCAACUUGUACCUUGAUAGAUAUCGGGAUGUAAAGGAUCUCAACGAGGAAGUUUUAAAGGAGAAAUUAAAGACGGCCUCACCACUUUCUCCACCUCCCCCAAGACCAAAAUAUCCCAAUCUUGUAGUGGAGGGAUACCUUCCCAAGUGGUUAAGACUAAAGAACAGACACAAGCGACUUCGUGAAAUGCAUUGGGCAGAUCUAGAUUGAAUUGCUCACAAGUCAAUAGCAUUUCUUCAGUGAUGACACAUGUUCGUAUGUCUGUUGAGGUUUCAAGCAUCAUGUUCAGUCCAUCAAGGAUUUGAGUGUAUCUUCGAAAUUCAUGCAGGAUUCAAGUAUAUCUUCAAACGCCAUCAAGGAUUCAAGUACCUGUUCGAAGUCCAUAAGAGAUUUAAUUGAAAAGAUAAAAUGUAGGAAAUAAAUGUGAAAUUUUCUGCCAACUCACAGUUGGUCUAUCUAACUGAAGAAAAUGUUCUUUUAUGAGCAAAUGUCCAUUGUUUUCUUAUGAUGGUAGAAAGAUUUGAUUUGUGACAUAUGUAAAUUCAUUGUGUAAGCAAGAGUGGGUGAUGAAUGUUAAAAAAACAACA